AAGGAAGUAAGCAAUUGCUUCCAAAUUCAACCAAUUAUACCUGAAUUGCAGAGUUGAAACCCUAGAUGACCAGGAAGAAGGUGAAGCUCGCUUUCAUCAGCAAUGACUCGGCUAGGAAAGCGACAUUGAAGAAGAGGAAGAAGGGGCUGAUGAAGAAGGUGAGCGAGCUGAGCACUCUGUGUGGAAUCGACGCGUGCGCCAUAAUCUACAGCCCGUACGAGAACCAGCCGGAGGUGUGGCCAAACACGGCGGGGGCCCAGAGGGUGGUGGCGCAGUUCAAGAGGAUGCCGGAGAUGGAGCAGAGCAAGAAGAUGGUGAACCAGGAGAGCUUUAUCCGGCAGAGGAUCGCGAAGGCCGGCGAGCAGCUCAAGAAGCUCCGCCGGGAGAACCGGGAGAAGGAGAUCACGGAGGUGAUGUACCAGUUGCUGACGGGGAAGGCGGCGGCCUUGCAGCAGAGCUUGAUCCUCACGGAUCUGAACGAUCUCGCGUGGAUGCUAGAUCAGAACCUCAAGGAGAUCGACAAGAGGAUCGAGACUCUCAAGAAGGAGGCGGCGGCGGCUCCGGUGGUGUCUCAGCCUGCCGCCGCGGUGAUUCAGACCGUGACGGCGGCGGCGGAUCAGCAGGAGGAGGUGGGGGUGGAUUUGGGGCAGAGGCAGAAUUGGUUUGUGGAUUGGAUGAUGAGUAACCCUAAUGAGCACAUGGGGUUUGAGCACGGCGGGGGAAGCGGCGGCGGCGGCGGAGGGGAUGAGAUGAAUAUACCCAACCACCACGCGGUGUGGCCCGGUGCUUUCUUUCCUUGAUUUUACUCUGUACUCCGUAUUUCUUUAGAUGGUACACUUCCCCCUAAAAUUAUUUAUGUUCUGCAUUUGACCUCACGUGUUAUUUAAUAAAAUGAAUUAGAAAUGGAAUG